AUGCGAAUUCCAAGCUUCCGCCACAACAAGACGGACUCUGUCACCGAGAAGCCCCUGCCCCCUCCUGCUCCCAUCACCACCCCGGACAGCCACAGCUCGGUCUCACUCUCCAUCCACAACCGCACAUCCUUCGAGUUCCUCACACACUCGCACUUUGGCGCGCUGCACACGGGCAACGGCAUCACGCAACGCGUUGCCUCCUCGUCCCUCCCCAGCUCGCCCGUUGUGCCGCAGGAUGGAUUUACACCGACGGCCAUUGCGGCGGGGGGCGAGUUUGGCGUGCGCAACACGCCGGUUCGUGUUGCGCCUGGUGGUCGCGUCAAUGUGCCUGGGGUCAAGAUUCAGGCUGCUACAGCGGCGAGUACGGGCGGAUACGAGGUAGGAUUGACGCUCACACCCCGAGCCAAGGGGUUGGGUGGAUACAGUGCUAGCCUCUCUGCUCCUCCACCGGCGAAGGUGCAGGAAGUGGGGCCGGUGGGUAGGCUAUGGAAGCCGCUGGAGCUCACGCCGACGUCGAGUGCGGUCAAAACGGCGAACCUCAGUCCGAAUCCGAGCAAGCCUUCAGCGGCAGUGCAAGGUGUCAUCGCCCUCCAAUCGACAGAUCCAACCACCUCGACCGUUCACAUCCUGCUGCUACCGCAACGCGAUCUGUCCACGUGGAUGACCUCCCUUCCUUCGACCGACCCCAUUUCGUCCCUGUGCAUACCUGGCACGCACGAAUCCUGCGCCCUGUACGGAUGGCCCAUCUCGGCCUGCCAAGAGUCCACCUCUUCGAUUGCGCUUCAGCUGUCCCGCGGCAUCCGAUUCCUCGACGUUCGCCUUGCGCUCAAGGGCACGCCGGGUAACCAGCUCCUCUACGCCUAUCACGGGGUGACGGAUCAGAAGAUGGAAUUCUCCGCCAUCCUCUCCCAGGUCUACACCUUCCUCACGCAAAAUCCCGGCGAAACAGUACUCAUGUCCGUCAAGCAGGAGAACAACAUGCCUGGCUUCCUCGAUUCCGUCUUUACCUACAUCAACAAGAACCUUCCGCAAUGGUGGCUCGGGACGGGGAUGCCCAUGUUGGGCGAGGCGAGGGGAAAGAUCGUUCUGAUCUCUCGUUUUGGUUCCUCCUCGAGCCAGCCGGGGGGGAUCCACCCACCCAUCUGGCCGGACUCCUCCCCCACCCCCUUCUCGUACACCCUACCAGAUGGGAACAACGUCGUCACGCAGGACUGGUACAACAUCUCCUCUCUCUCUGCCAUCCCGCAGAAACUCGCCCUCAUCACCGGACUUCUCAACACCACGGGUACAGACCCAAAAGUGCUCGGAUUGAACUACACGAACGGCUCCUCCUUCCCCUUCGCACUGCCACCGUGGGUGGCCAAGGGAACAGGAGACCAGUCCAAGGCGGCCCAAGGUGGCGGGUGGUUAUCCAACAUCGGUGUCAACGCGCUCCUGGUCGACCUGGUAGCGGGUCGACUGCAAACCGUCCAAACCCCCCGAGCGGGAAUGAUGAACAUCGUCGCGAUGGACUUUUUCGAUCAAACCGGCCUAGGUGCCGAUCUAUGCUCCCUGUUGGUCCAGGCAAACUUUCAAUAG